GGAGGAGCUUGACGGAUGCAUGCGGGAAGGGGUGUGACUGAUUUAGGAAACCGGAGUACAGACGCACUUUUUACCGGAUUGCAAUCGCGGGAAAAGAGAGAAGAGUUUGUUUGAAGAUCUCGCGAGAUCGGGAGAGUCAGACUGGCCAAAGUUAGAUCUCUCGCGAUAGAUAUAGCAAGAUUUCGGCUGCCGGGGGUUGGGGCGGAGGUGGUGAGCAGUCUCGCGAGACUUGGAGGUACGGCGGCGGCAGCCAGAGGGAGGAAAGCCUUUUAGGACCGGAAGUCCAUUUCGAGCGUCCAAUGCUGGAAGCGGCCUGACUUUCUUUACCGGAACCCCUUUUCUAGGGGAUAGGAAGACGGACUACCUGGCCGGAAGUCCCACCUCUUUGAGCUCCCCCACCCUUCCAGAAGUUUUUCUGUCACCUGUGUUGGUCUCCGUCCCUUUCCCUGUUUUAUCUCUAUACCAGGAAAGGAUACAUUUAGUGUUUCCCUCCCAGCUCCACUGAGCGGCAUAGAUAUCUCACCUCCCGAAUUGGGAUUUCUUCUCUGGCGCCCCCAUGUAGCUGGGAAGUGGGACCUGGGGGUGGUUGGACCCCUGGGAUCCUAAAGGAGGAGCAGGAGGGCGCAGAACUCCCGCUUCUGCUCCUGCUACCAAGACGCGGCCUUCUUAGCCUCUCCCCUCCCGCUGCCAUGCACCCUGCGGCCUUCCCGCUUCCUGUGGUUGUGGCCACUGUUCUGUGGGGAGCGGCCCCCAUUCGAGGGCUCAUUCGAGCGACCUCGGACCACAAUGCCAGCAUGGACUUUGCAGACCUCCCAGCUCUAUUUGGGGCUACCCUGAGCCAGGAGGGACUCCAGGGGUUCCUUGUGGAGGCUCACCCAGACAAUGCCUGCAGCCCCAUUGCCCCACCACCCCCAGCCCCGGUCAAUGGGUCAGUCUUUAUUGCACUGCUUCGAAGAUUCGACUGCAACUUUGACCUCAAGGUCCUAAAUGCCCAGAAGGCUGGGUAUGGUGCAGCUAUAGUACACAAUGUGAAUUCCAAUGAACUUCUGAACAUGGUGUGGAAUAGUGAGGAAAUACAGCAGCAGAUUUGGAUCCCAUCUGUGUUUAUUGGGGAGAGGAGCUCUGAGUACCUGCGUACCCUCUUCGUCUACGAGAAGGGGGCUCGGGUGCUUCUGGUUCCAGACAAUAGCUUCCCCUUGGGCUAUUACCUCAUCCCUUUCACAGGGAUAGUGGGACUACUGGUUUUGGCCAUGGGAGCAGUGAUGAUAGUUCGUUGUAUCCAGCACCGGAAACGGCUCCAGCGGAAUCGACUUACCAAAGAACAACUGAAGCAGAUUCCUACGCAUGACUAUCAGAAGGGGGACCAGUAUGAUGUCUGUGCCAUCUGCUUGGAUGAGUAUGAGGAUGGGGACAAGCUGCGGGUACUCCCCUGUGCUCAUGCCUAUCACAGCCGCUGUGUAGACCCUUGGCUCACUCAGACUCGGAAGACCUGCCCUAUCUGCAAGCAGCCUGUUCAUCGGGGUCCUGGGGAUGAGGAGGAGGAAGAAAUUCAGGGGCAAGAGGAGGGUGAUGAGGAAGGGGAGCCAAGGGACCACCCUGCCUCAGAACGGACCCCACUCCUAGGCUCCAGCCCCACUCUUCCCACCUCCUUUGGUUCCCUAGCCCCAGCCCCCCUUGUUUUUCCUGGGCCUUCAACAGAUCCCCCAUCCUCUCCUUCCUCCUCUUCCUCUUCCCUUUCCCCUGCCAUCCUGGUGUAAUACCCUCCACACACACACCUCUGGUGACCUAUUUGCACACAUCCUCUUCCUCUAGUCUUCUAAGUUGAGGGAUAGGGGACAUUUCCAUCCCAGGUUUCUCCCUUAACCCAGCCCUAACAUUUUGAGGGCACUUGAGGGGUGGGGGGAGCAAAGGGACUGGAUCUUUACUUCUUGGGUUAAUAAAAUUGGUUUUGUGGACCAA